GUAAGAGACUUUUAACAUUCAUGAAAGGCUAACUUCAAUGCAAAAUAGUUUGCAUAAGUUAAGUACAUGCAUUUUUGUAUAUUUUGUAUUGUUCAACAAAAGUUAAACUGUGCUAGAUAGUUCGUAGAAGUAAAAGUAAAUGAUGACUAAUUUAUCAGAAACUUGGAAAUGUAUAUAGUAUAUGCUGCAGACUUGUCGACGUAUACUGAUAAUCUAUUAAUCUUUUCUUGUUAUUCUGUUUUUGCAUGUAAAAAGAUAUUAUAUAAAUUUAUUAAAUUGAAGCUAUAUCGAAAUUAUUGUCAUACUAUAUACUACUGUUAGUAAAAUCAAAUUCUUAUUUAUACUAUACGUAAAUACCCUAUAGAUGCUAUUAGAUUUUCUAUAAUCUGCUUAUAUAUACAUCUAUCAGAUUGUUAGAUACUGUAUGGUAUGUGUAUAAUGAUAAGUAUAUGUUUAUAUUCGCAACUUCUUGAUCACGCAUGUUGCAUUAUUUUGACAGUACCACCUAUCGCGUUAUAUGAUGGAAAUAAUAAAGAAAGGUCUAGAUGAUAUUGAAGAAGAUCUACGAUGUCCUGUGUGUUUAGAAUUACCUAAAGAUGUCGUGCGUAUGUGUGUUGAGGGACAUCAUGUCUGUAAGAAUUGCAGCUUAUCAUACUUAAAUAACAUUCCCGAUUGUCCAACGUGCAGAUCAGUAUUUAAUGGCACCACUAAUUAUCUCAUAAAAAAUAUUUGUACACACAUUCAAAAGAUUAAGGAGGUACUUCCUAGAACUACUGAAUUUUACGAUUUAAAUCAUAACCAAGCCAGUUAUACAGAUGACAAAGUUUCCAAAACUUUUCCCAAAAAAAAGUUAAUUUCUAAAGCAAAAUUCUCUUGUCUAAUAAGGUUUUGCGAUGAAAAAUUAGAUAAGAAAAAACUGUUACAACACGUCCGUCGCUACCAUGAAAUAAAUUUGAUUGAGGACCUUAACAAAUCUGAGACGUUCACCUAUUGUUGGGUAAUCAAACACGAAUUAGAUAAAAUUUUCGAUCGCGCAAUAAAUGUUUCUGGUAUGGGAUUAUUUUUCUUUAACGUUCGAAUCCACGCUAAUGGUCAUUUGUAUGGAAGCAUUCAAAUGGGCGCAGGUAACAAUAAGGCAAGGUGUUUUAAUUAUAUUUUGGAUUUGACUUGCGAAAGCAGAUCUUUACGUUACGAAGGAAAGGUAGAUUCAUGCCAAGUGGUUUGUGGCUAUGAUCUUCAUGAAAAAAUGACUUUCUUCGCAAAUAAUGCCGAACUUGCGAUUUUACUUAAGACUGGAGGAAUAUUCAAUUGCAAUUUAAUGUUAUAUCGUCGGAAGCGGCAGAAGCGCAAAUCAUCUCUUAAUGAACCCGCUGAAGCUGCUUGUACGAAUUAUAUAAGUUCAAUUUUAAAAAACUGUUUGCACUUCUGUGAUAUUAUUUUAAAUAGACCGGACAGUUUUUAUAUGAUGAUUUUAAUAAUUAUUUUUAUUUUUUUAAGUUUUACUUUGCAAAUUUACGUAUCGUUCUUGAGAUAAUAUAUUAUUGAUAUUUUAAGAAUUCAUUUUAAUCAUUAUAUAAUCAUUAUCGAAUCAUCAAUUCGUUUUUUAAUUAUUCUAUAAGAUUUAUUACAAAGGAUAUUUAACAUUAAAUUGCUAUUUUUAUAAUGAUGAAACAAAAUAAAAAUGUUUUCAUAUAAUAGUACUACAUUUGUAUAUAUUACUUUCAAUAAAUACUAUUCUUACGUUUCAAUAAGACCUGUAGGUAUACAACAUUAAAUAUAUAGAUUUCGGGAUAAAACGACUGGAUUUUAUAGAUCGAAAUAUUAUCGAAACGACAAAAAUUGGUCCUACACUUUUUGAUUGAUCAAUAAUGUCCUUAGUAACAGUACUUAGAUUUUAAGUACUGUGCAAGCAGUCUAGAGAACGGAUGGAUUUUAAGGUUCCAUUAUUGUUAUUGUUUUCGCGUUGUUGAUAAAUUGUUAACCUAUAUAUCAUGGAUUGUAAAAAAGUAAAUCCUUCGUUCAUUAAUAGAUCACAUAGAUUUUAUUGAAACAAACUACCGAAUUUAAAAGUGAAAAAAAAUAGUGUUCAAACUUAACAGUAUUGUUUAUAAUUUAAUAUAAUUUAAAAAUUGUAAAACUUUAGAAUAAAAAAUAUGUAUCCUAAUUUAUUCAAGCAAUUGAACUUACCAAAACUUUAUAAUGAUGUUUCUAAACCUAGCGACAUUUCAUCUCAAAUUGAAGCAUGCGAGAAGAAACUGUCAGAGAAGGUGCAUUCUCGAGAAGAAGAGGAACAUUAUCCAGAACUGUCAGUAAAGACGUUCUUUGACUUUAUGAGAACAGCAUACCAAGUAAACGAGAGUUUUGAAGAAUUUGCGAGUACUUUGACCGCUAACAGUGAAAUCGAUUGGUCUGCAUUAGCAAAAGUUUCAUUAAAUUUAGGCGGAAAAGAUAGCGAAUUAAAAAUAGAAGAUGGAGUGAAGGAAAGUAAAGAUGUAGAUACGUUUAUUGGAAAGGAGUCAAGUACUUUACUGGUAACUUCAGAAACACAAUCUGAUCCAUUGAAUGCAGAUCAAAUAGAAUGCUCAGUCACCUAUCAACAAUGCAGCGAUAACAAUCAAUCUUUAAAAGAUGAAGAUUCCACUGAAGUACAUUUUAUUAAUAAAUCGAAAAGUUUAUCAGCAAUCUCAUACACAGAAAACAAAAAGGAGUCUUUGCUGUCAAAAGUUAUGAAAAGAUGUUUAAGCGAUGUGCUUCAUGAAGGAUUAUUGGAUUCUGUUCUUCCAUAUAUGCUUCCUAAACCAACGUUUUCACAGCCAAUUAUUAAAAAUUCUGCAAUAACAGAGCCCAGAAAAGUUGCUUCUGUUACUAAUGGCUUUGAAAAUCGAGUGGUCAAUGCCAUAGUUGGCAGUAAAGAGAAAGAUAAGGAAAAAAGUAAACAAAAAAAAUGCAUGGAAACCGAGGUGGAGAUUCAUGUAUGCGAUGAAGCGAAAAACAUCAAAAAAGAUUUUCGUUGUCCUCAACGAUUACUUGUACAGAAAAUGUGUUACUUUGCCGAUGUAACCGCGGGUCAAAAACUGGAAGAAAUGGAUAUUUCAGUACACUGUGAUAUUGUUAUUUUUGAUUGGCUCAUGCGUUGGGUCAAAAAAGAUAUCAUCAAAAAAUCAGAGUGGCCCAUACUUGAAGCCAACAAUGUGGUACCAAUAAUGGUCUCUGCAUCUUUUCUUCAAAUGGAACCACUAUUGGACAAUUGCUUAACUUACUGCCAUAAUAAUAUGUCAGAUAUUUUAAAAACUACUACAAUUUUAACAUGUCUGAAUGAUACUCUUUUAACAAGACUGGCUGAUCUAUUUACUAAUGCAGAUGUUGAAGCCAUAAAAGAUAAGAAAGAUAAAAUUCAAAGUAGACUUUUUUGUAAAUUAAUCAUGACUUUAGCUAAUCCAAAACCAGAUAAUAAACGUGGUCAUUCUGGAUCUUUAGCAACACUUUUUAAAUGUUUGAAGUGUGAAAAAAAUGUAGUUAGAUCAGUAUCAAAUCUAGUACCUUGUGUACCUAGUAAUAUGAAGAUUGACAGCAAAGGAAAUCUGCACAGUAAGCAUACUAGGGACAUGACGUGGAAUUUAAAUGACUACAUAGUUAGUCUUAGAUCAGAAUUACGUUCAUGGCGUAAAGUUUAUUGGAGACUAUGGGGUGAUUGUCAUUUUUUAUUUUGUCGCCAAUGUGGAAUUUAUUUCCCCAUCAAUCAAAUGGACUGGUGCUCUUAUCACCCUGAAAAUCCACAAUUUUUCAUCAAUGAACAACAAAGAGCAACUCCUUUUCCAUUAGGAAGGUAUCCCUGUUGCAGUCAACGAGCUUAUAGAUUUCAGGCUAUAACAAAUAGGGAUGGGUGUAGAUUUAGAGAGCACGUACCGGAGAUAAUUUCAGAAAAGGACGAAAAUAUUAUUAACGUUUUUCUUGCAUACAGAGAAAUUAUAUCGAUUGAGGCUCCACAAUUAUUUUUCCCGGAAAAAAUCACGCGAUUAGUGGCUCGAGAUCCAUUACUUCCACCAGGGAAACUGGCAUGCAAAGAAACAUUUUGGUGGGAAGGUAUUGAGAUUGUACCUCCUAGACCGAAACUUGGUCUCCUGGGAAAAAUCUGGGGUGGAUCAGGUCUUCGAAAGCCUUGUCAAACUUUACAAAAAGCAGUGAAAAAAGUGCGGCGUCAAGUAUCUCAAAUUACAGAUAUUUCUUCAGCAGCAUCUUCCGAAACUUUUAGUGAUGAAGAUGAUGAAGCUAGUCAUGAUUGUAACAGUAGUUUUGAUGAAGAAUCUUUAGAUAGUGAUGAGUCAGGUGAUUGGGAAACAACGGAAUUCGCAUCUAAGAAAAAAAAGAAAACAAAGUCUAGUAUACUACGAAGAUGUGAAGGAAUGGGAUCUUGGAGUCAAAAUUUAUCCAUAAGGUACAAUCAAGAUAAUCAAAGAGACUUUGAAGAGAAAGCAGCAGCACAAAUGGUAGCAUUAUUAACUAAAAGAACUAUAUUGGAACGUAACUUGCGCCCAAAAAGUCACUCCAUAGGAAAAUACAAUAUUUGGAAUAAUAAUACACAACCAAUAGGUGGAUCAUACAUAAGAUUGGAAGCUGAGUUUUUAAACCAAUGUGCUCAAAACAAUAAAAGUAAAAAUACAAUACUAACUAAAGGAACAACGCGAAUUAAAUCCUCAAAGUAAUGAUUAAAAGUUGACUUACACGUUGUAAAUAAAAACUUAAGAAUUGAGAA